CACAGUCACCCGCAAACAAAGCCGCCCGGGUAGCCAAGGUCCUUCCAUUCAACUUGUCCUCGACUCGUCUUUGAAAGCAAUUGAUCAAACGGACCAGUGCCACAUUCAGGAAACGACCAUCUUCACUUUUGACAGACUUGUCCUUUAACGCUACCUCGAUCAAAUAUCAACAGUUUGCCGUACACGCUGGCCAAAUCAUAUCCCUCUCACCGACUGUUUUUCCAUUAGCACGCUCUCCUUAUUCCUCAUGGGCAACUGCGUUUCGGCACAGGACAGAGAAGAGAAGGCUAGGUCAGAUGCUAUCGACCGUCAGAUAGAAGAGGACUCCAGGAAGUUUAGGAAGGAGUGUAAGAUACUUCUGCUCGGGUCCGGCGAAUCCGGAAAGUCGACAAUAGUCAAGCAGAUGAAAAUCAUUCAUCAGAAUGGCUUCAACGAGAACGAGCUUAUGACGUUCCGUCCGACAAUAUAUCGGAAUACUCUCGACUCCGCGCAAGCCAUUGUCCUGCAGAUGCGCAACAUGAAUGUAGAAUGCGCCACGCCUGCAAAUCGGACGUUUGCCGAACGCAUAGUCGAAUAUAGGGUUGAAAACACGCCCGAUUUUGUUUUUUCUGCCGACAUUGCACAAGCCAUCCAUGAAUUGUGGCAAGAUCCUAUCAUCCCCAAAGUGAUGGACUGUUCGAGCCAGUUCUAUCUUAUGGACUCGGCUGGCUAUUUCUUUACGGAAGUGCUCCGUAUAGGCACUCCCGAUUACAUACCGACAGAAAAUGAUGUGCUACGAGCUCGAGCGAAGACGACCGGCAUCACUGAAACGCGGUUUAACAUGGGACAGCUCUCCAUCCAUAUGUUCGACGUCGGUGGUCAGCGCUCGGAACGGAAGAAGUGGAUACAUUGUUUUGAAUCCGUGACAAGCAUCAUUUUCUGCACAGCAUUAUCGGAAUAUGAUCAAGUACUAUUAGAAGAGAAGAACCAGAAUCGCAUGCAAGAAUCACUUAUACUAUUUGAGUCGGUCAUCAACUCCCGCUGGUUUCUGCGAACUUCCAUCAUAUUAUUUUUGAACAAGAUAGACGUUUUCAAGAACAAGCUACCAAAGGUACCGAUCGAGAAGUACUUCCCAGAGUAUACAGGCGGUGCAGACAUCAACAAAGCGGCAAAAUACAUUCUGUGGAAGUUCAUGCAAGCCAACCGGGCACGCCUAAGUGUUUAUCCUCACUUAACACAAGCUACGGAUACAACGAAUAUCAGACUCGUCUUUGCUGCGGUUAAGGAAACCAUCCUACAGAACGCUCUCAAAGACUCAGGCAUUCUGUGACCUCCUCCUUUCCUGGUUUCUUGUUUUUAUCUAUCCGUAUGCGCCUUCAUACCCCAUUGGUUGAUUUGUAUUAACGAGGGUACAGUUCGCAUAUAUAUCUGGAACGCCUGGUUAUUCUCUAGCAUGUUAUCAUCUUAUCUAGCAUACCAUCAAUUAUUCAUCAUUACCCCUGGGGCUGUCCGCGAGAUUGAUCUGCAUCAUUGUGCCCUUUUGUCUUUACAUACUGCACAGCAUUUGCUUGAUCUGGUUGAUUUUAACUUGCUAUGGCGGUUGCAGUUGUUGGCAACCCUUCUUGUGUGCAACUUUGUACAAUGAUGCGCACUUGAUGUGCACAAAAGCUUUUGUACAUGUACCUGUAGUAUGCAAUAUCAUGAUCAUGCCAGGCAGAUACCACAA